AUGGCUUUCAAAUUCGUCGUACUCGCAGCUGUUCUCGCCUACGCCAACGCUGGCAUCAUCGGCGCCCCAGCUGUCGCAACGUAUUCUGCAGCUCCAGCCGUGAGCACCUCGUACUUCCAACAAGCUUCAGCCCCAGUCGCUUUGGCCCAUGCCGCCCCUGUAGUCUCCACUUACGCAGCUGCUCCAGUCGCAGUUCACGCCCCAGCUAUCGGCGCUUCCCACCAAAGCGUAGAACGCUCACUAGGAGGCGCCCAGUCUGUAUCUCACUACUCCAAAGCCGUGGACAGUGCCUUUUCCAGCGUGAGGAAAUUCGACACCCGUAUCACCAACGAUGGUCUUAGGUACGCUGCCCCUCUUGCUGUAGCCCAUGCUGCCCCUGUGGUAACUAAGGCUGUUGCCCCAGUAUUUACCCAAUACGCUGCCCCAGCUGUGGCUCACGCUCCAGUGGUGUCAACUUACGCUGCUCAUGGCCCAGUUGUAUCAACCUAUGCUGCUCACUCUCCAGUGGUCUCAACCUACGCAGCCCACUCUCCAGUGGUCUCAACCUACGCAGCCCACUCUCCAGUGGUCUCAACCUACGCAGCCCACUCUCCAGUGGUCUCAACCUAUGCUGCUCAUGCUGCCCCAGUUGUGUCUGCCUACUCUGCCGCCCCUGUAGUAUCCAAGACCGCUGUCGCUUAUUCCCCAGCUGCCGUUGUGUCUCAUGCUUCCUUCACCGGACUUGGAGCUUCCUACGCCUGGUAA